CAAAACACUAAAAUGCUGGACUCGCUGACUUUUCUAUUUGAGAAAUUCUUUCUUUUCUCAAACUUUAACCUAUUUAAAAGUAUAUGGCAGCCAGAGAAGGAGGAGUGUGCUGUGAAAUGUCACCCAGCGCUCAGGAGAGGAGAUCUGCUGGAGGUGCAGCGCACUCUCUUCGUUCAUUACGGCAUUUAUCUGGGCGAGAACAGGGUGGCUCACCUGAUGCCCGACAUCAUGCCCAUGUUAACCAGCAACAAACAUUACAUUAAGCCAGUCGUCACAAACAAAAGACUAAUUUUAGGCUGCAUGUACAGACUCGCGAGUAUACGCGUCGAUUCGGUUGAAGAUUUCGCGUAUGGAGCUCCGAUUCUGACGAACGACAUGGACAAGAAAAUAAAAUGUCAAGCACUGGCGAACGAGGAGGUCGCGAGGAGAGCAGAGAAACUGGUCGGCGACAUACCGUACAGUUUAUUGUGGAAUAACUGCGAACAUUUCGUGACGUAUUGCAGGUAUGGGACACCUGUGAGCGAGCAGACCGACAAGUUUUGUAAAUGUCUGAAAUCCAUCAUUCGGGACCAGAGAAGUGUGGCCUUAACUAUCGGGAUGGGAGUGAUGUACAUCCUUUGCUUCGGCUUGGCACCUUCAACUACAUUACCCACAAUCCUUAUUCCCUUUAUUUUGUGGAUGGCUGGUUGAAAGACUUGACUUUGUGUGGACAAACACACAACAAUGAAAUGCAUCGGUCCAACGGCUACAUUUCUGUAGCAUGCUGUUUGAAUAUAGCCAAGCUAUGAUUGUACAUUCAUUUUGCCUGUAUAUUUGUUAAGCUCUUUCAUUAAAAUAAUAAUUAAUGAAAACAUGCUAUUAACUCAAAUUUGAGCCUUUACAGGAUGCUUUUCAUUUUUAAAACCAUAUUGUAGCUCAAAGUUACAGAUUCCAUGUACUGCUCACUACAUGUGCCUUGUGUGUAUUAAGCAGAAGUGUUAAACAGACGUGAUGAAUUUCACUGAUCACAUUUAUUGCAUCAUGAAAUUUAAUCAUGCAAAAUAUGUAUAAUUGUAAAUCUUUGUAUUAUUAUUGUUAUGGCCUGCUUGAUUGUGAUU